AUUCUGGAAAAGUUGGGCCAGUCUGUGUCGCGGUUGGCAACCUCAUGGAAAAUGCAGGGCCACGAUGUGAAGUGAUAGCAUUCCCUUGCGGGGCGGGGGAAGCAGAAAGGAGAUGCAUUGUUUAAAUGGUGAUUUAUUGGGAUGUGCAGAAAGUGAGGACUGCGAAUGUUGGAAAUCAGAGUCAAAAAGUGUGGUGCUCGAAAAGCACAGCAGAUGAGGCAGCAUCCAAGGAGCAGUAGAGUCAGCGUUACAGGCUUGAGCCCUUCAUCAGGAAUGUGUAUAAAGGGGCCUCAGCGUCCUUCCACACUAGUCAAUGCCAGUUGUCAGACAGGUGCAGCAAGCAAUGAGCAAGUCAAGUGGUAUAUUAGCAAGAGGAAUUGAGUUCAGAAGUGGGGAGUCUUCCUGCAGUUAUAGGAUCAUUGAAUAUAUUCAAGGCUGAGUUCAUCUGAUUUUGGAACAACAAAGAAGUGGAUAUUUAUGGGGGAAGACUAUCUGAAGACAAAAGUUUCAAAGUCAACAGAUAAAGGGCUUAUGCCCAAAAUGUUGAUUCUUCUGCUUCUCUGAUGCUGCUUGCCUUACUGCGCUUUUCCAGCGACGCAUUUUUUGAUUCUGACUCUCCAGCGUCUCCAGUCCUCACUUUCACAUCAAUGUCUGACAGUCACUCAGUCCAUCAGGACCGCAACAAUUUUCAACUGAUUCUGUGAGAAGGAGCAACGCGUUCUCUUUGGUUCCUGUUUGAGUACGGGGGGACUGGUUGAAAGACUCUACUGUUGCAGCGCAGUGUGUGUGGAGCCUGAAACAACUCUACUGCGUGGAAAGAGAAAUUCACUGCGGGGUUGUACACGUGUGUGUGUGUGUGUGUGUGUGUGCAGCUGAAGCUUCAGCCAUGGAGAAACCUGAGGAAACACGCCCCGUUGAGAAACCAUGGAAGUGUGGUGACUGUGGGAAGGGCUUCUGUGUCCCACCUGUCCUAGCGGCUCAUCAGUGCAAUCACACUGGGGAGAGGCCGUUCUCCUGCCCCGAGCAGGCGAAGGGCUUUACUUGCUCCUGUGUCCUGCUGGCCUACCAGCAAAUACAGACUGGUGAGAGGACGUUUUACUGCUCCAUGUGCGGGAAAGGGUUCACUUGGGUGGACAACUUCCAGACCCACCAGCGAUUCCACGCAGGGGAGAGGCUCUUCAGUUGCCAUGAGUGUGGGAAAGCCUUCAGCAAUUCCUCCGACCUGCUGAAGCACCGGCGAGUCCACACGGGGGAGAGGCCAUUCAGCUGCCCCGAAUGCGGGAAGGCCUUCAGCGACUCCUCCAACCUGCUGAGGCACCGGCGGGUCCACACGGGGGAGAGGCCCUUCAGCUGCCCAGAGUGUGGGAAGGCCUUCAGCAAUUCCUCCAACCUGCUGGCCCAUCAGCAGGUCCACACAGGGGAGAGGCCCUUCAGCUGCCCAGAAUGCGGAAAGGCCUUCAGUAAAUCCUCCAACCUGCUGGCCCAUCAGCGGGUUCACACGGGUGAGAGGCCCUUCAGCUGCUCAGAGUGCGGGAAGGCCUUCAGCAAUUCCUCCGACCUGCUGAGACAUCGGCGAAUCCACACGGGGGAGAGGCCUUUCGCCUGCCCAGAGUGUGGUAAGGCCUUCAGCAAUUCCUCUGACCUGUUAUCCCACCGGCGGGUCCAUACCAGGGAAAGGCCAUUCAGCUGCCCCGAGUGCGGGAAGGGGUUCACCCGCUCCUCCAAACUGCUGGCCCACCAAUGGGUCCACACCGGGGAGAGGCCGUUUGCCUGCCCCGACUGCGGGCGGAGGUUCACAUUGUCCUGCAACUUGCGGAGGCACCAGCAGGGGCACAAGUGCAUCCAACAAUCAGAUUCCACCAGUGAUGCUGCAGUGGGUCACCCCCAAACCUCCAGCCGGACCCCCCGCUUCUUGGAGCUCGGACCUUCCUCCAGCUCCGGGGGGUUGUUGAGCUCCUGGGCUCCGGCCGCCGCCGAAGAAGCCGCGGGCGCCGGCUCUCUCUCCUCCACCGCCGACAGUUUUAAUUUGUUUUCCCGUUCACCCGUCCUGGGUGGGAUUCGCUGCAGACUUCAACUCCGUGCGAUCACGUUGGGAAGGCGCCUGUGCGUCCGCAGGGUCGGCGAUCGAUUGAAGGCCUUGCCGCCCCCGGGGCAGGCUCUUAAAGUAUCGUCUUUACCUGAACCACACGGGCACGUGCCUGACCCAGUUUGCCCACUGUGGGGAAAGGAAGUCUCAGGAGGCAUUCCGCGCGCCAUGGAGAAACCGUGGAAGUGUGGGGAUUGCGGGAAAGGAUUCCGCUCCCCCUCCGUGCUGGAGAUCCACCGCCGUGUCCACACCGGGGAGCGGCCCUUCACCUGCUCCGUCUGCGGCAAGGGCUUCACCCAGUCGUCCCACCUGCUGACCCACCAGCGGGUCCACACCGGGGAGCGGCCCUUCACCUGCUCCGUCUGCGGCAAGGUCUUCUCUGACUCGUCCCACCUGCUGUCCCACCAGCGUGUCCACACCGGGGAGCGGCCCUUCACCUGUUCCGUCUGUGGCAAGGGCUUCACCAAGUCGUCCAACCUGUUCUCGCACCAAUGGGUCCACACCGAGGAGAGGCCGUUCAGCUGCUCCGUCUGCGGCAAGGGCUUCUCUCACUCGUCCCACCUGCUGACCCACCAGCGGCUCCACACCGGGGAGAGGCCGUUCACCUGCUCGGUGUGCGGCAAGGGCUUCUCUCACUCGUCCCACCUGCUCAAGCACUGGCGGGUCCACACCGGGGAGCGGCCCUUCACCUGCUCCGACUGCGGCAAGGGCUUCUCUCACUCGUCCCACAUGCUCAAGCACCGGCGGGUCCACACCGGGGAGCGGCCCUUCACCUGCUCCGUCUGCGGCAAGGGCUUCACCCAGUCGUCCCACCUGCUGCGGCACCAGCAGGUCCACACCGGCGAGGGGGUCUUCACCUGCUCCGUCUGCGGCAAGGGCUUCACCCAGUCGUCCACCCUGCUGACCCACCAGCAGGUCCACACCGGGGAGCGGCCCUUCACCUGCUCGUUGUGCGGCAAGGGCUUCACUCGCUCAUCUGCCCUGCUGCGGCACCAGCGGGUCCACACCGGGGAGCGGCCCUUCACCUGCUCCGUCUGCGGCAAAGGCUUCACCCAGUCGUCCAACCUGCUGCGGCACCAGCAGGUCCACACCGGUGGAUCCAAGAUUUUACUCUCUGUCCCAUUGAGUCUCCAGUCAGGUCCUUCAGCUCAACUGGUCUCUCUCAGUAUUUCUGACCCAUGUGAGCCUCUACGCACCUCCCCUUCACUUGCUCACACUUGAUUUCCCUUACAGCAGCAUUCCCUUCAGUUCCUUUCUCCCUGACGUCUGUAUCCAGCUUCUCCUUAAAUGUCGUCCACCUCGACCUGCUACUGUGGGGGUCAUUCCCGCUGCAGACAGAGGUCUCUCCUUUGUAACCUCUUCAAAAGAUUUACCGCUGACUUCCCCCUUCAGUCUUUUCCAUUUCUGGGUCUCCCCGCUGUUGUGAAACUGGGAAUGGUUCAGAAAAGAUUUACAAGGAUGUUGCCAGGGUUGGAGGAUCUGAGCUACAGGGAGAGGCUGAACAGGCUGGGGCUGUUUUCCCGGGAGCGUCGGAGGCUGAGGGAUGACCUUAUAGAGGUUUACAAAAUUAUGACCGGCAUGGAUAGGAUAAAUAGGCAAAGUCUUUUCCCUGGGGUUGGGGAAUCCAGAACUAGAGGGCAUAGGUUUAGGGUGAGAGGGGAAGAUAUAAAAGAGACCUACAGGGCAACGUUUUCAUACAGAAGGUGGUGUGUGUACGGAAUGAGCUGCCAGAGGAUGUGGUGGAGGCUGGUACAAUUGCAACAUUUAAGAGGCAUUUGGAUGGGUAUAUGAAUAGGAAGGGUUUGGAGGGAUAUGGGCCGGGUGCUGGCAGGUGGGACUAGUUUGGGUUGGGAUAUUUGGUCGGUACGGACGGGUUAGACCGAAGGGUCUGUUUCCGUGCUGUACAUCUCUUGACAAAGCCUUGUCUGAGGGUGAAAUGUUGUCAUUCCCGUUGAUGCGGGUGGUCCCCUGUCUGUUGUCCUUUUUGUUUCCUUUCUCGGAAAGGACGUCGCGGACAUGGGCAGCGUUCCCGAGCCCCGCUCCGGAACGGGCUGUUCCGUCCUCUUCCAGCCCCCGGGGGGGGAAGGGGCAGCUUGAGUGUAUUGGGAGAGUGGGCCGUUUACCGGGAAGGUGCCAAUGGGACGGGAGAGCGGUACCGGUAAUGGGGCGAGGGGGAGAUGCCUCAGACCGCCAGAAACACUGGGGCAGCUGCUCGCGUGCUCCUUUUGGAUCUCACAGCACAGGGAGGCCUUUCAUCUGAUUACCUCCCCGUCUCUGUCUCUCUGUGUCUCUCUCUCUGCGUCUGCCUCUGCGUCUGUCUGUCUCUCUGAGGUGACAGCGGAUUCCAGCAUAUUGCUGCUUGCUGGGUAAACCUGUUUUUCCUCUGUUUUCCUCCUCUCUCUCUCUCCUGCUCAAACCCCUGACCUUCAGGCCGCCCCUGACCUUGUCCCUGUCAGUGAAAAGGGAACAGCUUUUCUUCCUCCACCUUAUCUGAACCGAUCACAAUCUUCCCCACUUUCACCAGUUGUAUCUGUGUGUGACCCUCUCUUUCUGUGUCUCUUUCUCUCCUAAGCCCCCUCCCUCACCACAGCCCAUUCACCCACCCCCUCCUGUCAUGCUCCCACUUUCAAACGGUCUCGUUGUGUUUUCACUGCCUCUUCCCCAUCGUUUCCGUCAAGCACCUCAUCUCACGCUUAGAACCCCUGCAGUGUAGGAGUAGGCCCUUCAGCCCAUCCAACCCACACCUCACCCAGACCUCUGCCUGUAACCCUGCAAUUCCCAUUGGUUAACCCACCUAGCCUACACAUCCCUGGGCACUAUGGGUAAUUUAGCAUGGCCAAUGCCCCCUAACCUGCACAUCCCCAAACACUAUGUAAUUUAGCACGGCCAGUCCACCCAAACCUGCACAUCCCUGGAUAGUAUAGGACAAUUUAGCAUGGCCAAUCCACCCUCACCUACACAACCCUGGACACUAUGGGUAAUUUAGCCUGACCAAUCCACCCAAACCUGCACAUCCCUGGAUACUAUAGGACAAUUUAGCCUGGCCAAUCCUACACUAAGGGUGGAUUGGCCAUGCUAAAUUACCCAUAGUGUCCAGGGAUGUGUAGGUUAGGGUAGAUUGGCCAUGCUAAAUUACCCAAUCCUACAUAUCCCUGGGUACUGUUAGGAUAAAAUAGGUCAAGGGAGGGUGGAGCUAUAGCUGCUGUUUGGGGAAUCGAAACUGUAGCUGUAGCUGCUGCUUGGGAAAUUGAAACUGUUGCUUACGUGGCCAGCUCAGCUGCCAACGCCCAAAUGAGCUCAAUAACAGGAAACGCCUAGCAAACGCGAAAUGUCCUAAUAAGGCAAUGCUUAGUAGCUCCGCGAAGCUCUGCUUAGCAAAGAGUAUAUCAGGAGCAGAUUUGGGAGGGGAAGGCAGAACGCGCCUUCUCCAGUGAAUGCAUGGUGAUUCACUGUAUCAGCUACGAUUCUGCAAUAAAGCCUGCUUGUGCCAAACAA